AUGGUAACAGUGCAUUUCCGGUCAGAGCUGUUCAUGCUCUGUAGGCAGGCUUUUGCCAGGGUGCUGAUGUUGUCACGUGGCAAAGUCUGUGUCAGCAGGACUCAUGCUUUUAUAUUCUCUAACUGCACUCAUGGACAGGCUGACAGCGUGCUGGACACCUUUGAAGUUUACGCCAGCACUCACCCAUCAUUCAGUAUUGGACCAGACAGAGGUGAGUUUGUAGAGGAGGUCGUUAAGCGUCUGGCACCACUUAGGGUUCUGGAACUGGGGAUGCACUGCGGCUACGUGUCAGUUCGAAUACUGCGCCAGCUCCCAUCCACUGGCAAGUUACUGACUGUGGAGGUGGACCCCCACACUGCGGACAAAGGGGAGGAGAUCAUCCUAGUGGCAGGCUUCAAACACACUCAGUUUAAGGUGCUGACAUCAUCAUCAGAGGAGGCCAUAUCUGCUUUGCGUUCUCAUCUUGGGGAGAAGAACCUGGACCUAGUUCUCAUGGAUCAUGAUCCAAAAGAGUACCUGCCUAGCCUGCUGGCCCUGCAGAGAGAGGAGCUGCUCUCUCCUGGCUGUGUCCUCUUGAUCAACAAUGCCCUUGACACAGGAGCUAAAGCCCUGCUGGAGUAUAUCAGAACCAGUCAAGCAUGUUUGACUGUGGGCAGACAGGUCCAGGGCAUGAUGGAGUUACAGUGGGGCAAGGUUGCCUACCCUGAGGGGACAGAGUGCUAG